GAAGUGGAGUUAGUAGGCAGAGAGGGCUACUUAAUAUUUUUGUGUAUUGCAUCGUAGUAUUAGUGAGUGAGAGGUUUUAAAUGUCAUAUGAAAUGUAUGACUGAAGGUCUCCGUCAUCAUAAGACCUCUGACUGCCCUUGACACUGACAGCCAUGAGUGACAGCACAGUGACCAGGAGCCAGCAGGAGUGGUCGGGGCCCCGGCCAACACAGCAGCAACCCCAGGGCCCCUACAUCUCAGUCAUCACCAACAGAACCACCAACUUGGUAAUCAGAGGGGCCAUGCUGUUCUCUGUGGGCGUCUUCCUGGCCCUGGUGCUAAACUUACUUCAAGUGCAGAGAAACGUCACCCUCUUUCCCCCAGAUGUCAUCAGCAGUAUCUUCUCCUCAGCCUGGUGGGUGCCGCCCUGCUGUGGUACGGCCUCAGCAUUGAUCGGCCUGUUGUACCCCUGCAUCGACAGACAGCUGGGAGAGCCACACAAGUUCAAGAGGGAGUGGUCCAGUGUGAUGCGCUGCGUGGCUGUGUUUGUGGGCAUCAACCAUGCCAGUGCUAAAGUGGACUUUGCCAACAACAUCCAGCUGUCUCUGACACUGGCAGCGCUCUCCAUCGGUCUGUGGUGGACGUUCGACCGCUCCCGAAGUGGCUUCGGCCUCGGAGUUGGCAUCGCCCUGCUGGCAACAUUGGCCACACAGCUCCUGGUCUACAAUGGAGUCUUUCAGUAUACGUCUCCAGACUUCCUGUACAUCCGCUCCUGGUUACCUUGUAUCUUCUUUGCGGGGGUGAUAACGAUGGGAAACAUAGGACGGCAGCUAGCUUUGUAUGAAUAUAAAUUCAUUCAAGAGAAGACCCAUCAGGACUGAGGAGUCUCUUUUCUCCAUCAGGCCUCUGUCUUUGCAGCAGCCUGAAGCCAGGGACAGGUCAUCAGAGAACAUCUGCAUGCAGCACAGACCAGGACUGUUGGCCCUGGAUGAGCCAGUCAGAUAUGUCCAAUGAGCCCCGAGCUCCUGAUUGGCUCCCCGGUGCUUUUCGCUGGACUAGACAGUAUUUUUGGUUGGCUCUGGUCAGGCCGUUCCGUUUGGAGCGGUCACUGGCUUCGUUCUAACCUGAGCUGAGGUGAACAAUGAGAGUGGAGUUUGUUGUGUGUUUCCUUUGGUGUGGUUUAUCUCUACUUACCUGGGAGGGGAUUAGCAGCGAAGCAUCUAUCGUUCUUCAGAUCAGCUCGGAUGUUUGAAACCUUUGGCUCCAUUGUGCCAAACACAGUCACACAGGGAUCAGUUUUAAACUCUGCUCUUAUCGCCUCGUUCUGUCACAUCCUUCACGUGUCAGUGGAGAACAUGCAGCCCAGUUCAUUUAUAUCUAGAGAGAAAUGCAUCUACACCGACCUGUUAUUGUAUGUAAUGAGCCGACUCUGUAUCUACAUGUAACUUGAUAAAGGAGAGAUAAUUUGUACUGUAUGUGCAGUGGAGCCAUACUGACAUGUACAGGAUACAUGAACAGAGAUUUCUUUCUUACUGACUGUGUGAAGCUCUUUGUUGGAAGUGAAUGGUUCAUUUUGAUUUUACACCAGCAGAGGAAAUGAGCUUCAUCCGUACAUAAGCACUGGCCUGAGCUGUGAGCAUGUUAAGCACAUUUCUUCUCAACAUCCAUUUAUGUUUUUAAAUCUUCAUUUCAGGGAGAAAUGUUUGUCCUAUAGCUUCCUCAGUUAAAAAGCAGCAUUCAGUAGAAAGGCCAAAUCUCCCAGUUCAUUGUCUUCAUUCAGCACUGGACGGAAAUAUGAUGGUUCUCCUUCAUGAACCAUGACACUGAGUAUGAAUUAUGACAGUAGAUAAUAGAAACAGGAAGAAUCAAAUCAACUAUGUCUAGUGUCAGGAUUUUCUCUCUUAUUUUCAUGCACGUUGAAUUUCUUUGUUCAAAGGUCAGUUACAUGAUUCACUACAGGAGGGACAUUGCACUUAACUUGAAGAAUACAAAUCUAGUGUUCAGCAGUGUUACAGUCUGAAGUUCUAUUGAUGGAAUCCUCCUGGCAGAAACCAUUAAAGAAGAAAAUGUGCAUCAUAUAAACAAGGAGCACUUGCAUCUGUAGGAGGUGGGACUAGGUCAUUUAAGGGACAUUUCUAACAACUUUGUGAUGAAAUAUGAAAUAUAAUAAGAAUUCCAGCAUUUAAAAGAGAUAACAACAGUGUUUUGUAAUAUCUGAUUACAUAGGUUAGAUGAUGUGGAGCCUUUUUAAUGCAUUUUUCUAGGGUAGCGUUUUGUAUCAGUAACAUCUGUUAAAAUAUGAGAGAUUGCUACGAACCUUUAUGGAUGAAGUGUACAGUGGUUAAACAGGGAUUAACAGCUCCACUCAUUUACACAAACCUCUGAAUCUGAACAUGUAAUAAAACCA